AUGGCGGCGUGCGGCGGCGGCUGCUGCGGCGGCAGCUGCUGCGCCAGCGGUCAGAUCACGGGCUCAGCUGGCCGGGGCUCGUUCUGGAAGGCGACGGCGUCCCCGCUGAGCCUGGUGCAGCUGCGGCGGCUGGAGGAGCACCGCUACUCCGCAGAGGGCUCGUCGCUGUUCGAGCCCGUGCUGCAGCCUUUCUGGUCGUGGCUCGUAGAGUUAGUGCCGCUCUGGAUGGCACCCAACGCCAUCACCCUGUUGGGGCUGCUCCUCAACCUGCUCAGCUCGCUGCUGCUCGUCUUCUACUGCCCCACAGUCCUGGAAGAGGUGAGGCCGGGCGAAGGGCCCCGGGAUGAGGAGCGCCCUACUGGGACGGACCCCCUACCCGCUAUUACUGAUAAGGUGCACGCUGAGCGCCCCCCUACGCACCCCCAUCCUCCAAUGCCCCACCAACGCGGCGGAGGCGAGAAAGGGGCCGUGCCCGCCGAGCUGGAGCACCCCUUUUGUGACUGCCCAAGGAUACAGAGGGAAGACCCUUUACGAGGCACGAAGAGAUGGGCCAAGGCCAUCGUGAACAAUUGGGUCACCAUGGCACCGAUGCACAGGCAAGGGAUUGAGGCAGAAGUGGACCUGGCUCUGCAUCCAGCUCCUGGAAGGUACAGCCUCAUCCAGCUAAGCUCCUCGUAUUGUUUCGUGGUUGGCUUUGCAUGCUAUGGCCAUUUGUCCAUGUGUCAUGUGUGUGAGGGAGUCCCUCCUGCUGCCUGGAUUGAAGACUUCGAUGGCACUUCCUUGACUCCAAUUGCUGCCCUGCCUGGUGGGCACAAAGACCCUCAGCUCUCCGUCUUCCAAGGCGAUGUAUUUGUGUCUCUCGGAGCUGCCAUUGCUACUCGCUUAGGAACAGAUCCUGAAUGGCUGUUUUUCUGCUGUUUUGUCGGGAUGUUCAUGUUUUACUGUGCACACUGGCAAACCUAUGUAUCAGGAGUGCUACGGUUUGGAAGAGUGGAUGUAACCGAAGUACAGAUAGCGAUCACAAUUGUCUUUUUUAUAACUGCAAUUGGAGGAACAAUGAUGUGGGAUUAUACUAUCCCUGUGAUUCAAUUAAAACUGAAGAUGCUACCUCUCAUUGGGAUACUGACAGGAGCCUUUAUUUCUUGUUUUAAUUAUUUCCAAGUCAUCCUUGGUGGAGGAGUUGGCAAGAAUGGAUCCACAACCGCAGGCACCAGUGUUUUGUCACCUGGCAUCCACAUAGGAGUCAUUAUUCUUCUUGCCAUAAUGAUCCACAAAAAAUCUGCAACUCAGCUGUUUGAAAAACAUCCCUGUCUGUAUAUUUUAAUGUUUGGGUGUGUGUAUGCCAAAAUCACACAAAAAUUGGUGGUUGCUCACAUGACCAAAAGUAAACUAAAACUACAAGAUUCCGCAUUUAUUGGGCCAGCUCUUCUGUUUUUUGAUCAAUACUUCAACCACGUUAUAGAUGAAUAUAUUGUUCUGUGGGUAGCAAUGGUGAGUGAGCACUUUAGUGUUAACCUUUUGAUCUUUUUGUAG